CAGCCUCCUUUACACCAUCAACAGCCAUCUUGAGCUCAUCUGAUAUGCCCCUCUGCUCACUCCAUCUCCUCUCGCUCACUUGUUCACCACAACAGUACCUUAAGCAGCUCAGCACCAACAAGAACAUCGUCCUCGCAAGCCAACCGCGCAAUCCCCCCGUCAUACGCGUCGGCAACGAUGGCGAGCGAAUCAACGCCACUCAAUGGCAUCUCCUCGUCAUCUUGGCGGGCAAAAACAAGCCCCUCAGAGAUGACACUUCGCUGGGAGACAGCAUCAAAGUCGAGCUUAUACUCUCAACAGGCAUCCCAACGAAGCUCAUCGAGGCCUACCGAGACCGUCGAUCCAAUCUCAUCACAGACAUUGGACCUCCCCUAGCAUUCAACAUCGUAGCUUGUAGUGGCAGCACAUCAUCAUCACAGACGAUAACCCCAUCGCCCGACUCACAGAAUCUCGAACUCAGCAAUGGUCUCAUAGAUUUUGCACAUCGAUUACAAGGCGAAACAGCCAGCAAGGGUCCCGUCUGGAUGCUCAACCUUCUCAAGUUCAAGGAAGGCCACAAGGAGAAUUACAUCAAUUAUGGAAAAGCCUUCGCAAAAGUAGCGCAGCGCUUCGGCGGCCAGGUCGUCCUGGUAGGCUCCGUCUCCGACUCUCACUGGGACGAGUUCGCUCUCGCACACUAUCCGUCCAUCAGCCACUUUGUAGACAUGUCCGCCGAUGGCAGCCCUGGCGGAUACCAGGAGAUCAACAGACGAUGGAGACUGGGAAGCCUCGAGGACACAGGUAUCAUCUGUACAACGCCACUAGAUGUGCCGCCGGACGGAAGAGCAAAGAUGUAGUGCAAGAGAGAGGGAGAGCAGAUUGAAGAUGUGCAAUGCAAUUGCGAGGAAGCCUCGCGAUGAAAGUGCUGAUAGUGCUGGUGCUGAUGGUACAAUGCAGAGAUUCGCAGCCUCGCCUCUUUGAUCCCCUUCGCCCGCCUUCUCUCACCGCUCAAAAUCUAGAUAGACUUUCUCCCCUUCAUG